UCCCCCCUCCUGAACACUCAACUACAAUCCCUUUUACAUCGACUCCCCCCUGCUGUAUUUUGAGGAAUAUUGGAUUACUUUCCGCACCGGAGCACUAACCGAGCACAUCCAGGGAUGGUCAGGUGGUACUUUGGUGUUGAAGUGUAAGGUCAACCAUGAAGCUGUACUUGAGGCUGGCCACUUGCAGAGACAGCAGCCACACAGUGUACAGCAGGAUCGACUUAGGCCCCAUCAGCAUGCAGCUGGGUCCUCAGUAAGGACAAGUGGACCUGGUCCUCUCCUCUUCACCUGGGGCCAGGGCUGCAGAAUGCUCAGUCCUGCCACCCCAUACAGUCUAUUGAAGAUGCACUGGUCUCCGGAGCACGGCGCCCCUUUAUCUCAGUGGCCUGAGCAGCACCUAGAUGUGACAUCCACCACCUCCCCACAGUCUGCCCACAAACAAGACCCCUACAGUACUGCUGCCCGGCGCACCUAUGCCCCUGCUGGGUAUCCUUGGGCCAGUGACGACAUAUCUGCUCUUACGGCUUCUUCGCUGCUCAAGCGAUAUGCGGAGAAGUACUCAGGUCUGGAGUUGUCAUAUGAACGCCCUGCUACAGGCGCCUACUCUGAGUCUGGAAGUUUCCUAAAAACUGAAACCGAGCCCUGGGCUCUGAGCCAAGGCAUGGAUUGCUACCCCGGACUUGAAGCACUAACUGGCUCCAAGGUGGGGUCUGCCUCUGUAGGAAUCCCGGCCACAGGAAGUGUAACAUUAGUGAGUAGUAACUUGGUCACGGAACCAGGCUAUGGUGGCACUACGUCCUGCAAUGCCCCAUCAUCUCAGGAAUAUCCUCCUGCCUACAACAGCACCUAUCUGUCGCCCGGAUACUGCCCUCAGCCCAGUGCAGCACUUCCACCUGCCCCUCUGCACACCUUGCAGCCAGCUCCUACUCUAGUGCCAAGCUACAGCACCAGCACUCCGGUCUACAACUACCCACCGGGUUGCUACCCCCAAACCAGCCUUUCUUCUGGAUACAGCCACCCCAGUGCCUCCUAUCUUCCCUCAGGAAUUAGUGCCCCCACACCUCUAGCCCCUCGGCCUACCGUGGUCGGAGGUAGUUAUAGUUACCCAUGCCACAACCUUGGAGGGAGCACUGAUGGAGGUCUUAAACGCAAGGCCUUUGAGAUGACAGAUGAAGUACAGGAGGAGGUAGAAGCAGAGGGAUCACGCUACAAAAAGUAUGGCAACGGUCCAGGAAACAGUCACAGCAAAGGUAACGGUAAUAGCCAGGCCAAUGGCUAUGAUGUUAGCCGUCCUGCCAACGACCAGCAGACCUACAAACCUGGAAAGCCCCUGAUUUCACCUCCAUACAACAGAGCAGGGAACUAUAGCCCACCGUCAGGCCUUGCAAGGGAAAGCGUAACAGGGGAGCACAGCUUUUCUCAGCAGCAAAGAAUGUCUGUGAAGAUACCUGCAUCUCACACACGAGCUGAGGACACCACUGGUGGCCACUGAUGAUGCCAAUCAACAUCAGGGAGGAGUACCUAAAGACUGAGGGGUACUGGAACAACACUGACUUGUUCUGCAAAAGGUGUAAUCUCUCUGGCAAACACAAGAGGGCACAAGACUUCUAUUUCUUGUGGAUGUCCAUCAUUUGUCUUUCUUCAUAUUUUUCCAAAGAUUCACAAGUGUUAGGUUGAGCUAUUCUCUACAUAGACAGUCUAAAUAUCAGAGUGUCUCUUUCUCUCAGGAUCUUAUCUAUUUCCUUUUGGCUACUUAGCGUUGUUUAAGAAGUUGGUGUACUAAUUUGUAGCCAUUAUUUAUGUAAAAAGGCCUUUGACUGCAAAAAUGCUCUUUGGCACCACAAAAUGACCAAAAAGGAAAGCAAGCAAUAACUAAAAUGUUGAGAUUGCCGUUCUACUUUAGCAUAAUCACUGGUAAAUCUGACUGCAGGUCUUGGUGUGUCAUUGGGCCUUGGGAGAUUAAUAUCAUAGUUCUCUCUCCACCUCCUUUUGCAUUUAUUUCCUAUUGUGGAGACGUAUCUUUUCUGCUCAACAACAGUCGAUGCUUAAAUAAACAUACAGUGCUGUGAUAAAAUAUUUGUUACAGAUUUCUUUAAGUUUUACAUUUGGCAAUAGUGUUUCAGGUCAAUAGCACAAUAACAAUUUCAAAAUGUUGAUUUCAUUCAUUAGAGGAAAAAAACUAACCAACCUGAUCCUUUCUGAAAAACUAAUUCCCCAUCACCUUUUUGUACAAUCAACAAAAAUAACAAGAAUAUUAAGAAUUUGCUUUGAGGUUAUAUAUAGAUAUAUAUGUGUAUAUAUAUCGCUGUAUGUGUAUAAUUUUGGCCCACUCUUCUUAGAUUGUGUUUAAUUCAGUCACAUUGUAGUGCUUUAGAGCUUGUAGACUUUGUUUAAGGUAGUGCCACAGCAUUUCAAUAAGAUUCAAGUCUGGACCCCAAUUAAGUCACUCUGUUGUCUCUUUUUGUUAGCCUUUUGGACAGUGUGCUUUGGAUCACUGUCCUGCUGGAAAACCAAAAUGCACAUGAUCUUAAGGUUCCAACCUGAUAGCUGGACUUUCUCCUUCAGGAUGUACUGCUGAAUAGCAGAGUUCAUGGUUCCAUCAGUUAUAGCAUGGUUGGUCAUGCUAUAAUGACUGCCAGUCAGUAUGCUUGACUGCUGGUCAUUAUAAUGUUCUUUGUAAGAACACCUUACAAAGGUUCCGGUUUUGUCUCCUCGGUGAGCAGAAUACUCCCCAGUUUUGUGGAUCAGCAAUCUGAUAUCUUUGGACUGCAGUGGUUUUGACUUUUUUUUAUCCAGUCCUUUUCUUAACUUAACUUAUGAACACUGAUCUUCACUGAAGCAAGUGAAUCCUUUAGAUGCUGUUUUGGGUUCUUAUGUGACCAUUGUUGAUGCACUUUGGAGUAGUUUUGGUAGGUUAGCAAAUCCCUGGAAGGCUGGGCUACUUUUCUAUGUUUUCUCUAUUGUUGAUGAUGACACACUGUGUGUCCCUGGAGUCGUAAGACCUUCUGUUCCCCAUCUGUUCCUGAAUUUCUUUAGAUCGCGGGGAAUGGUGUGUAGCUUUUUAAUAGAGUAAUCAUGUCCUCAGACAGAUUCUUUUUAACUGAUUUCUUGAUUGUACAGGUCUGGUUGUGACUGGAGAAAUUGAACCAGUAAGAGUGGAUAAUCACACUUAAUUAAUAGGCUAGCAGAAAGGGAUAAAUUGAUUUUUACAUAGGCCCAGGUUGAUUUGGACAACUUGCUAUAAUAAAUGAAAUCUUCAUAAAAUCAUUAUUCUGAAUUUACUCUGGUUGUGUUUGACUAAUAUUUGAACUAUUCAAGGGAGAAUACUUUGUCAUAGCACUGUAUAAAAAACCUUCAGCAAUAUACAUGAAGUCAUUGUUUAAGCUUAAUUCUAUUACCAAUGAUUUAAGAUUUUAUUUUCAUUCGAAUGUAUUUAGCAUUCAAAAAAUUACUAGACACAAAUAUCUGCAGGUUGUCUUCUAAUGGUGUAGUUACCAGGCACAUUUGUGGUAAGCUUAAGAAAACAUUAAUAGCAUCCAGUUUACCAUCCAAUAAAGGUUGUUUAUUGUAUGGAUGCUCUUCGUGCAGGUUCCAGUGCCUCAAACACUUUCUGCUCAACAUUAUAGUCUUUAUGAAGAAUUGCCUGCUUAUCUGCUUUGAUUUACUCUUUUUAAUAUGCAAUCUCUUUACUUAACCCUAUUAGAAGGAUGAUUUAUAGACAUGUUAUUGAAAAACUCAGGAAGAAUAUUGUUACCUCAGAAUGAUAAAAGUAAGAAUGUAUAUUAUAACCUUAGGGUGUUGGUAGCGAGCUUUACGGAGCAAGAUGGUGAAAGAAAACAGAGCCAUGGCUAAAAACUUCAGGGAAACCACAAACGUUCAUGCCUUCAGUAAUAUAAAAUGUCAGCAAGCUCACACAAUUGCACACAUAGGAAAACACAAUCCCAUCCAUUUUAUUGCUCUGGGAAACUUGAAGUUUUCUUACCAAGGCCCGAAAUGUUGAAUGUAAUUCAGAUAUUUUUUUUAAGGACAAUACAUGCCAUAAUGUACAUCAGUGAUGUUUUUUAGAUAUAUAAAACAUAUUUUCUUUGUGUAUAGCUGUAAUUCUCCUAUAGGUUUUGGUGGAAAAAUUUAUGCUAUGUUAAGUGUUAGUGUAGUUAGUGUUAGGGAAAAGGUUUUGCAGACCAACUUUGUCAAAACAAAGCAUUCCUGGUAAAAAAAAAAAAAACAUUUCCAUAUAUCAACAUCUACAUCAUGUUGGAAUGCUUGCUAAAUGUCUUUAUUAAAAGUUAGCAGUUCACUGUAACUUUUUUCAAAUUUGAAUCAAAAUCCAUAAAAAAAUGUUUGAAAAGAUGUCGAUCUAGAAGUUUUUUGGUGAUAAUAUCUUGCAAGAGUGGGAUGAGACUUUGCUGUCUUCUUAAACACUCAGACAUCAGAAUAAAUACAAGUGUAGAAACUCGACCGUCUUUUAAAAAUCAAACUUGUGUUAAAAUGUCGCAAACAAAUCCUCUUUAAACAGAGCUCUGUACUAUUUUUAAGAAAAAAAUACAGAUGUUAAGAAAGGAUGAAAGCAACUUGACUAGACUUUUAUAAAUUUCAAGCGCUUAGCUGAAAGGACUAUACGCUCUUCAGUGCCACACAAACUGCAUGUUUUAUAGUAGAAUAUGCACAGUAGCAAUUAUUUCAAUUUUUUUGUUUCUCUGGUGCAGAGAAGAAUGUGGAGUCAUAUCUGAACUUCUGUUAUCUUUUUAAUUCACUCAUCAUUUCUUCUACAUUCUCCUAAACUGUUUCUACCUCAUUUGUAAGACAUUGUACGUGGCAGUAUUUAUUUCAUGUCAUUUUUAGAUGCCUGCAUAAAGAGCAAUGUUUUUUGCUGUUGACCUGUUUAAGUCUACCUCACUACCGACUGUUCUGUCAUGUUCUAUCAGAUGAAAAUACACAAAAUCAAAUCAUGCUUGACUUUCUUUGUUUUUUUUUUUCUUUGAAAACAAGAAGGGGUUUGGUUCAUUCAUACAACUUUUUUGUGA